AUGCGCCUGUCUUUGGCUCGCUCGGCUACUAUUUGCACUCGCAGUCGGGCAGGCAACGGCAGCUGCGAGCACCUUGACGGUGAGAAGGUGGAGCUCCCGGGGCCAGUGGUCCUGCGGGAGGGGACUCUGGAUGUGGGGCGAGUGGAUCCCUGCGACAUUGUGUUGCCUGUGCCCACAGUGUCCAGCCGACACGCCAUACUGACCGUAGAGGGCGACAAGGUGCUCGUCAUCGACGUGAACAGCACCAACGGCACCUCUAUCAACGGGACUGAGAUCAAGGCCAUGGAUUACGUGGAGCUCCCUAUCGGCGGGGAAAUCGUGUUUGGCGAUGAGUUCUUGGCAAAGUUUACGCUUCAAAAGGUCAUCGACGAGACGACGGCUUGACGCCAGCGAUGGCUUGACGACGACGACGACGACGAGACGGUGCUCUCCGUGACUCCAGGGAGAUACGCUUAGGGUGUGUGUAUGAGGGCUGCCGGCCAAGGAGAGCCCCCCGGGACAUUGGGCGAAAUUUGGCCCCCAAGGACUCCAAAACAGAAACGGCCACGUCGGCAGCGUCCCACACACCGCGACACCUGCGACACGUGUAUCGGCCAGGAGGUGACUCAACACCGUGCGGAGCCGGGAGCCGGGAUUGUGUUGGGCCGCGCUCGUAGUGUGAGCGCAAGUGACGUCGCGGCAGCGUCUGCAGGGGAGAGAUACACGCAGCAGCAAGUACGACGCCUGGAGGGAACUGACUGACUUGCAACCCCUGACUGACUGACUGACUGACUACCUGGUUACGACCCCCCUAGGUUCGUCUCACCCACCUCACCUCAAAAGAGUGCAGCCGCAGCCUGCAUGGUGUGGUGCAGGGGUCGUGAGUGCACGUGCAUGUUGAUGCGGGGGUUGAUCCGGAGGCUUGUGUGCUCUGUGCGUGCGCGGUGUGGGGUGUCACGUUACAUGGUUAGCGUUGCAGUGUGAGCCCAGUGGCCUUGAAGGUCCGGUCGGGUCUGGAGCGCAAGGCGGGGUUCGGUGUGGCCGUGUGUAGGCUUUGCUGGCGGGGCGCACCAAGGAGAGAGAGAGGAGACGUCGUCGUCCUCGGCAGGUGCAGGAUGGCGAUUUUUGCUUUCCGAUUUUUCGGGAAUAUUUUUCGUAAAAAAUAUGGCUUCUGGAACUUUUUGGCAUUUUUGGCAUUACAUCAACGGCAGUCGUCUUCUCUUGAACUUUAAAAGCCGGUGGCGAUGGUGAUGAUGAUGAUAAUGAUGAUGGCGGUGAUAUUGCGCUGAUGGUCGCGUUCGCUGAUGGGAUGUUCUCUCCACAGUAUCGAAGUCCUCUCCACAGGCGUAGCUUAGCUGGCUGAUUUAGAGCUGGUGAAGCAAAUGUGCUUAUUUUAAAAAAAUGCGAAUGACGACUAAUGGUGUACGGCGCGGUACGGCACUUAGGGUUAGGCCCAAGCCGUAAGUGCAUAUAGCUCAGGUCCACGGACCCCACGCGCCUUGCGGUUCCAAGAGGAGAAAAUGGAGAAUGAAUGUUGGUGUGGUGGAGAGGAUCGUGCCCCAUGACUGACGGAAAUAGGAUGCCAGGGGCAUUUGACGGCGCCUAGGGGGAAUUGUUGGGUAUGCAAAUGGUACCCUUCUGGAUGGAUGGAUGUUACAAGCUUCAGCGAGCUCGUACGGCCCAAACGAGGCUCAUGAGGCCCCGGAGGCUCAUGAACCGCUUUGACAGCGCCGUCGACAUGGAAAAGAAAAAAAGGGAAAAAGUAAACAAAAAACAGUUUUACGCGAGAAGAAAUCAGCCCUUCUGAGUUCGAAACUGCGCAAGCGUAGUACGGCUCAUGUACGGCAUAUGUGAAGCGACGUGCGUUGACGUUUACAUUAUGUCGCGUGAAGGUGUUAAUUAUCACUUUCGGCCUGAUCACUGGCCAAACUA